AUGAUACAUAAGGCCUUCGACCUUCCAAUAGAGGGGGGCGUACAAGGGUCUGCAGAGGCGCAGCGCCAUCAUCCACAGCACGUAAGCGGGGAUGCAGUAUAUGUUGUUCGUGAUCGCGAAUGCCGUGCGCGCCGCGAUCCUCAGGUAACGACUGAAAAAGCGGGGCCGCGAUCAUCCCUGCCGCCUUACAGCAGCCCCGGGGGCGAGGCCCGGGUCGUCACCGCACCGCGUGCUCCCUGCGGACAGCUGCCGAGCGCGAGCGCGGGGCUUUCGUCGGACGGGGACAAUGGCGCUGCGCGUUCAAUCAAACACAAGCAUACAUUCGACGAUAUUUAUUAA